ACGCAUCACUGGCUGCUGUUUGAUCAUCGCUGUUCGCGUCCCCCUUUUUCUUUCAUUUCAUUUCUUCUUUCACAUCAUCAUCACCACAACAAGAGCAUAGGCUCAGAUACCUCAACAAGCAGCGACAUAUAUGCGCAUGUCGCCUUCCGUUCCCCCUCUUUCCGACCUCUUUCGCACCGCCUCUUUUGCCUUUGCCUUUACUGUCAACCUCUGUUAAGACGCCCAACACUCGACGCCGUCUGUCAAAGGUUACAACCAGGCAGACAGAGAUCAAUUCAACUUACAGCAAUUAAUUCAGCCACAGAAGCGUUCAGCAUUACAUACCUGGCCAUUAAUCAUGCUCGCACCUCUCGCAUUGCUCCCUUUGCUCUCCCUGAUGCUUCCUCAGGCGUCUGCGGACACUCGACCAGGGAGCCUUCCCCAUAACCUUCAUCAUCCCUAUCGCCGUUCCCUCAAGCGAUCCAUUACCUCGGACGCGUCCUCUAUCAAUGGCGAAUCGUUCGACUUUGUGAUUGCUGGUGGUGGUGUUGCUGGUUUGACUCUCGCAGCAAGAUUGAGUGAAUGGAGUAAUGUGACCGUCUUAUGUAUCGAAGCCGGUGGAGACGGCUCUAACUACGAGGAUCAAAUUGAUAUCCCUGGCUACUCCUAUCUCAACUCCCUCACGGGUACUGCGUAUGACUGGGCAUACAACACUGUUCCACAGACAGAUGCUCUCGACCUCACGAAGUAUUGGCCCAGAGGAAAAGGCUUGGGUGGUUCAGGUGCCAUCAACGGUUUAUUUUGGGGAAGAGCGAGUUCCAUCGAGUAUGAUGCUUGGGCUACUUUAAAUCCUAAUGGCAAUGAGACAUGGAAUUGGGAAGAAGUAAACAAGUACAUCAAGAAGUCCGAGAAUCUCACCGCUCCUCCCACUGAUAUCCAGGAAAAGUUUGGUAUCGUCGUUAACGCAUCUGCCCACGGCGACGAUGGACCCAUUCAAAUCGGUUUUUCCGAAUAUAUUUUCGACGAGGUGGCUAAGUGGAUUCCUACCUGGGAAACUCUUGGGCUCUCUGGGAAAGAUCUCGCAGGCGGCUCAACACACGGUGCCAUGAUUUCCACUUCCACCAUCAACAUGCGGAACCAGACGCGAUCCGAUUCCAAGGCCGGCUACAUCGACCCUCUUCCUCCAAGGUCCAACCUUGUGAUUUUGACUGAACAACAGGUCACAGGUGUCAUAUUCAAUGGAAGCACAGACGCGAGUGGAAACAUCGUCGCCAGUGGUGUUACUUUCCAAGCGAACAGCAACUCGGCCAAUUAUUCCGUUCAGGCCAAUAAGGAAGUACUUUUGGCCGGUGGAACUGUUGGUUCCCCUCAGAUUCUUCAGCUCUCAGGUAUUGGGCCCAAGGACCUACUGUCCAGCCUUGGCAUCGAUACUAAAAUUGACUUGCCCGUUGGAUAUAACCUUCAGGAUCACGUUUCGUACUCUAUGUAUUGGUCCACUCCUCAAGGUACCCUUACAUGGAGCAAUCUGAGUGCAUCCUCCACGCUUCAGAGCGAGCAGUUGGCUCAAUACAAGUCAAAUUUCACCGGCAUGUGGACUUACGUCAAUGAAGCCGUUGGAUACCCCUCUAUGUCCGAUAUCAUGCAGUCAAGCUCGUCAGCAUCUACUUACGCCUCGACAGUAUCCUCUGCUAUUGACGGCAUGGUCACCAACGUCACUUCCUGGCUCGAUCUUCCGGAUACUGUUGCUACCGGUCUUACGUCACAGUACCAGAUCCAGCAACAGUGGCUUACCGAGGAUAUUGGGCAGCUCGAAAUUGUUCUUACCCUGCUUGGUAAUGGUGGCAACGAAUUGGGUAUCCAAGUCGCUUUGCAACAUCCUUUCUCUCGAGGUACCAUUUUCAUCAACUCUACCGACCCUUUCACCCAGCCGAACAUCAAUCCGGACUACUUUGGCGUUGGUUACGACAUUGAUAUUAUGGCCUACGGCUCUGAAUUCGCCAGGCGUUUGGCUGCUGCGAGUCCUUUGUCCGACGUCAUGAUCACCGAGACCGCUCCCGGAUCCAGCGUCACCGGUGACUCUCUUGCUACCUACACGAAACAGAAUUGUGGAACUGAGUACCACCCCCUCGGUACUUGCUCCAUGCUUCCCAAGAACAGCGGUGGUGUCGUCGACACCACUCUUACUGUCUAUGGUACCAGUAACUUGCGAGUCAUUGACACUUCUAUUGCUCCCUUGCAGCUCUCCGCACACUUGAUGGCCACUACGUAUGGUAUUGCCGAAAAAGGUGCUGACAUCAUCAAGAAGAAGUAUUGGUAUGUUGACCCUGUCACCAGCUCGUCCGCGACUGUAGCAGCUGCCACCACCUCGACCGAAGCCACGACGGCUGCUGUAGGCGACGCCACCGACACUGCUGUCACCAACAUUAAUCAGAACAAUGCUGAGUCUGGUAGUACCUUGAGCUCAGGUGCUAAAAUCGGUAUUGGAGUUGGUGUUGGUGUUGGCGCCGCUGCUGUUCUGGCAGGUCUGUUGUUAUUCUUCGUGAUGAGGAAGAGGAACCAGAAGGAGGACGAAAAGGGAUGGUACGGUGACAGACAAGAGGGAUGGAACCCGGAUGCUGGAGAUGCUUACAAGGAGCCUGGGUCUGCCUAUCCUAUGGCUGAUUUCGAUUCUCACAAUUCCUAUGCUUCUCCCACACCUGCUUUCAUUGGAAACCACUCUCGGAACCAAUCCAUAAAUACUAUCGCCACGGCGGAUCUUGCUUCUCGCACGCCCAUGCGCAACUCUUCCUCCUUCUCCUACGCUGCCGGUGGUCCUGGUGUCGGGCGGACUGCAAGCCCGUACAGGGAUGAUAUGAGCGAUGACGGAAAUGGUCAAGGUCAUGUGUAUCAGGCUCCCGAAGCGCCCGCUGGUCAACAAGCCACAAGGGGCGAACAAAGGUAUCAGCCUGUUAACAUUAGAUAAAUACAGAUCAAAUAAUUCACCUUUUCCCGCCCCCCUCCAGCUAUGAACUCUCAAAACAUCCUUCACGACUACCAACGAACAUUAUGGUUUGAAGGACAAUACUUGUCGGACGUUUUAGCUUCUUUUUUCCUUUCCGUUCUCAUAUCUUCUCGGUUCUCUGUGCCUCUUAUCAUACAUUCUAUCAUACAGUAACACUAGUACCUGACCUUUAGACAAUCGUUUUACGCCGCUAUCACGCAUCAUGACCGUACAAAAUUUCCGAACACUGUGUAUAAGGACGAUUCUUUAUUCGUGUCUAGAUACAGUCUCAAAUGCCCCCUCACUCUUUCUCUUCUGCAUUUUAGUUGAUUCCUUCAUAUGUCGUAAUUAAUUGAUUAUGUGAACAAUAAUGCAACCCCUGGUGCCGAC